GACCACUUUGUUAACAAGUUCAGACAACGCUAAACAGUUGAACCGGACAGGAAGAGCUGUGCGCAAGAUGGCCUAUAGUUGUAAUAUUCAGCUGGACAACCCCCGUGGGGCCUAUCGAGCUGGCGAGACCAUUAAUCUGACUGUAUUUCUGACCCUAACGGAACGGGCGCUAAUCAAAGCGAUUUCUCUUGAGUCCAAUGGGUAUGCUACUACAGCUUGGCAGCAGCCUCAAAAAGAAAGAAAAUCGAAAAAUCAAAACACGCAAUCGCAAAAUCAAUUAAUCGAUUUUGAAAAUCGUGUGGAUUAUUUUGCGAAAAUCGAUUACUUUCUAGGAUCAGACGCGGCUCAGCCACAAAUAAUCGAAGCUGGCACCUACAAAUACGGCUGUGUCGUGAAGCUUCCAAAAAACUGUCCUGGAAAUUUUGAGGGAACUUAUGGGCAUAUUCGGUAUAACUUACAAGUGCUGAUUCACAGCAGUGGUGAUCGUCCUGUAAAUGUGGUACAUGUCAGUCAACUGCAGAUAUUUCCGCAAAAUAACCUAUCUCAGGAGUCCCGAAGCUGCGAGGAAAAUAUACUAGAGGAAACCCCUCGUUUCAAAUUCUGGAUGAAACCGCUACAUAUGAAAGUACAAAUUCCCAGACAGGGCUACUCUCCGGGGUCCGGGAUUUCCGUACACGUGAAGCUUCAUAAUCCAGAAAAACUACAACUUCGUGGAGUUAGUUACGCCCUUAUACAGAUAAGCACUUAUGUGGGACAGCAAAAGAAAAAGCCGAAACGAAGAGCCUCUAAAGUUCAGCGGCACACAGUCUUGAGCAGUUGUCAUGAGCUCUUUAAUCUUCCGCGUGCAGAGCUCGAAAACUUUCAGCAUCUUUAUAUGUUGCAAGUUCCACAAACGGCGGCUACCUUGAGUAUCGCUGAAUGUGCCUGCAUUCAGCUAAACUAUGAGGUUGAGGUCACGGUACAGACACAGAACGCUAAGCGCUUUAUUGUGGCCAGAAUCCCAGUUACCAUCGGAAAUGUGACGCCUCCUUGCCCGGGUAAACUUUUAAUGCAGGAUCCAUCUCAUGAAACAGGCCCAGGACCAGUAGCACCAGCCGAAAGUACAUUAAAGACGGAGCAAAGCUUCAGUGCCUCCACCGCCUCGUUGGUUUCCGAUUUUCGCGAAGCUGAAUUUAUGGAAGCUACCAAUCUGAACAAGACAACCAAACACUACUUAUCUGGGGAGCAUUUAGAUUUUAGACCGCGAUAUGUUUAUUAUGAAAUGGAUCAGUUUAAGUGAAGCACAUUAGAUAUGCUACAUCGAAAAAUGUAUUUUUUAAAGGGAGAUUUAGUUAAUUUUAUUAAUUUAUUUUACAGUUUACACCCUUGAUUUAACAUCAUUAACACUGUCUAUUCACAUUUAUAAUAUAGAAUAUAAGUAAAUAAUUCUAAAUAUAUUCAAAUGAAAAAUUGACAAAACUAGACAAAUACAUUUGUUAAAUUACAACUAGUAUACAGUUGUUAGCCUUUUCUGGUAGCUGUAAACACCGUUUAGAAUUCCCGUGUUUUAAUAAAUUAAAAUUAGGUUUGAUUUCUAUUUAUAAACGCAAUUUAUUUGAACUUGUUGAUAAUUUUGUUGAUUAAAAAUUUGUGAUAGUUUUGAAGGGUUGAAGACCUACCGAAGAACUAAAGUAGUCGCUCAUUAAAGUAGUAGUUCACUUGUAGUCGACCGAUCUUGACUUAUAUAAAGUACUGCCUGCAAAAUAAAGAAGGAUGUGCAAACUUUGAA